CGGGUGGGUGCUGGGCUGAUGGAUGCGGAGAGUGAGGAGCUGAGCAGGAUCAGAACGUGGAUGGGCUGUUGAUGCAGUUGAGCCUGAAAUGGUCGGUGACCCAACCUGGGGUCUCUAGUGCCUAAGAAAGCUGUCCCCUUGCGUAUCAGGGCGAGUGUGAAGGAGCAGGCCUAGCAGAAGGGGCCCUCGAAGUCCUGACCCUUGGCUGAGAUGGACGAACUGCACUAUGAGACUCACUGGUUCACACUGCAUGGCCCUGGGCUGACAGCAGAGCCCCGUCCAGCAUUAAAUUGGGGGGAGGGGGAGGGCAUGACUACUGGCUCCACAAAAGCUCAAGCUCUGAAUUCCCUGGCUAGAAUAAAAGUGAAGGUGAAGCAGUGGGAAGGGGCUGGGCAUCCCCAGCAUGUCACUGUCCUCUUCCCGGGGCCAGCUCCGCAGGGAGGCGCUGGCCUCUCUUUAUGACUAGGAAAGCCCGGGCUCCGUGGGCCUUCUGCUUCUCUCUCUGCAGCGACGGGACUCGCUUGGACCACCGCCAGCGUAUGUUCGCGGACGCCCGUUCUCAGGGAGUUCCCAGUGGCACAGAUGACGGGACACACACCAGUUUAAAAACCAGGAGGAAGUUGUCACAGAUCUGUGAAGGCAGGCAGCCGGCUCCUGACACAAGCGUCAAGGCUAUGAGACAGAACUGGACACCAGACCCCAGCCCUGUGCGUGUCCUGCUCCUGGGUACCCACAUUGUCUUCCACCUGGCCGGAGCCACAGCUCUACCUCAGGCCACCACAGUUGCCACAGGCUCGGUGAUGAUCGCACCGGACCCUGUCCCGUCCUGGUCCCCGAUGAUCCCGGCAGCUGAGCGGUGCCCGGCGCUGGAGGUGACCUGGCCUGAACUGGAAGUCCCACCGAACGGAGUGCUGACCUUGUCCUGUACGGCCUGCAGCCGCUUUCCCCACUUCAGCAUCCUCUACUGGCUGGGCAACGGCUCCUUCAUCGAGCACCUCCCAGGCCGGCUGUUGGAGGGUGGCACCAGCCGGGUACGCCACGGCCCGCGCACUCUGCUGCGGAGGGCCUUGGUGCUGGAAGAGCUGAGCCCCACCUUGCGCAGUACCAACUUCUCCUGCGUCUUUGCGGACCCCGGACAGACUGUCCAGCGCCACAUCGUCCUGGCCCAGCUCUGGGAGGGGCCGCCCCGACUCAAGCAGCCCCACUCUCCAGCCGCAGCCCAUAGCCGCCAGCAUCAGCAGGAUCGGAAACCAGUUUGAGGCUGGAGGCACCCAGCUCCUCGGCCAGAGCCUGGCGCAGCCUACCUGGAGCGGGACGGCGGCCAGGCAAGCAGCACUCCCUUCACGGCCUUGGAGUCUUCUGCCCCCCCCACCCCCCUCUGGGCUUUUGUUCUUCCUCUCACCGAAUCCAAUGUCCCUCCUGUGUGUCUGCCUCUCACACUGCUCUACUCAGCAGCCUCCAAGACCCAUCACCCCCUCAGCCAAGGCUCCAGAGCCCGGUAAAGAACUGUUUCUGGACGGCUCUCACUUCUGCCUGGGUGGAUUCCCCACUGCCUCCACCGUGUCUUCCGUCAAGUCUCUGCUCAGCCACAUUCCGCGUCAACUUAACCUUUUAUUUGUAUUUUGUUCUGUCCGCUAAUGGACUGUCCCCGGAAGGAGCUGGGGGCAGAGCCUGCUGGGGCACACAUAAAUGAUCUUGGCAGAGGUGUGCUGACAUCUGUUCAUUUACCAUCAUUCGACUACAGAACUUGGCCUGUCCCAGGAGGGAUUGCGGGAAGAGGGCCUGCCACGCAGAAGCUGAAGACAAACCCCAUUCAGGGGACGUGAGUCUUCCGAAGAGAGACAGCGCCUCACUCUCCGCAGGAAGAGAAGCUAGAAAUGGGGUGCAGGAGGGAGGGCCUUGAAGCUAAAGCAGGGACAAAGGUGUGCUCCAAAGAGCCCAAGUUUCCCUGCAUAGAUCAAGGCAGCUCUCAAGGGAGAAAAAUAGACUUUAUUUACAAGUAAUAACAUUUAGAAAAGAUCCAUCCCAACACUCCCAGUCCUACCCCAGGGACAGGCCUGGGGCAGGUAGGGGGUGAGCUGCCUCUGGAGGCUGCCCAGGGCCCACUGAUCCUGGAAAAAGCAUCCUCUGGGCCACCGUGUCCUUGGUUAGGUCGGAACACCAGAGGGCGGGGUGCCCCCCCCCCCCCAAGUCAGUGACCAGUCCUAGACUUUAAGAGCAAGGGCCCUGUUAAGCCCAGCCACCAGGAGCAGCAGCACCUGCUCCUCCAAUGGUCCCUUCUAGAGGCGGAGAGGACUGUCUGGGCCCAAAGCCAGCCUCAAAUCUGGUUGCGACGGAGAAGUGACUUGCUGUUGGAAAACAUCAGGAGAGGGAGAGAACCCAGGCUCCGGGCCACCUCCGACACCUAGCCAAGGUUCUCGUGGAGGGCCAGGCCAGGGUUGGGCAGGCGUCACUGUCUCUAGGGGUCUGGCCGCUGCGGGCCUGGGAGCUGAGAAAGGCACUGAGAGGGGCAGGAGGACGACAGCCAGGCGAGGCCAGCAUCGGGACACAGGUAGGGCCAGUCACUGGUGCUGCCCUUUAGUGCUUUGCCUGAAAGAGAGAGACACAGUUGGCUGAGGGAACACAGCCCUGGGUGUUCAGCAGGAAGGAACAGCCCCCCAAGACAGAGCACUUGCUCUCAACCCCAUCUCCGGUGGCCUGGCUGGGCCCUGCCUUAGAUGCCACCCUUAUGUGGGGCGUGCCCAAUGCUCCCACCACCCACCCGCUUUCCUUGGUGCUGAACCCCCGCCCCCUUUCCCAGUCAGUGCCUCCACCUUGCCCUUGGCCCGAGGGGUGGUGGCAGUGGCAGCGGUGGUCGUGGCAAUACGUGGAGAGCGGCGGGUUCCACUGCGGGUACUGGGGGAGGCCUUGGCUGGGGCUUUCUUUGAGGCCCCCCUCCGUAGAAGGCUAUUCCCGAGCUUCUUGGGCGUGUUGAGGAUACUGAAGGCCAUUGACUGGCGGCGGUCAGCCUGCGGGAAGGGGCUGUCAAAAUGGGAACACGCCCACUGCCUCCCCAGUCAGUCCAACUUGUUGCGCAAGGCCCCCCAGGGUCUCUCUCCUGCCCCCGACUAACCUGUUUAACGGCCGCAGCUGCUUUCUUCUGCACCUCAGUAGUGCUCUGUUUGCGCCCUUCGUGUCGAUCUCUGGGAGUCAUGGGGCGCGGGAAACAGCUGGUAGCCUUCUUAGACUAGGGGGGCAGAGGCAGCAACAAGAGGACGUCACACCAGGACUCCCCCGCCCCCCUCCCCCCCAAUCCCUGCAUCAGGCCCGUAGAGAGAGGAGUCUCCCCUUUAAUCCACUUUCAAACUGGGUGACCGGGGCAGGGUGCUGCACGGAACAUGACACAGGAGCUUACGUCACCCACCUCAGGGGUGCCAGGGCCUUGGUGGGACUCAGAGGAGACACGUUUGCGCUGCUGCCGGGUGGUAAUGCCAGCGCCCUCGGCUAUCUGGGCUGGCUGCAUGCUGGCUCGGCGCAGGGUCUCCCGGGGGUCCCCGGUUUUCAUCUCCUCAUCUGUGAUGGUAGCCAGGCUCAGGGAAGGCUGCAUGAGGUGGACGUGUUAGCAGACCCGGGGGGUGUUGGCGCGCCCCUACCCGCCCCUCCCGCCCAGUCAGUCACCCUGAGCACCUCCCUGGAAGCGCAAGGUCACUCCCCUCACCCCCUCCCCGCCCCAGCCAGGCCAAGGGAAAAAGGUGAGCCAGCUCAGCGGGUCCUGCACAGGUGACCCCAAAGCUCACUCUAGAUUCCAGGGGGUAGCAGGUCUUCAGGUGCGGGGGACAGACUCGGUUGCGCUGCUGCAGCUCUGCGAUGCGGUUCCAGUCGUCCAGCUGCUCGGGCUCAUCCUGGCACGUGCCCAUGUAGAAGCUGUUCCUUCCUGUGGGGCACAGGCAAGUCAGUAAAUGGGCUGCGAGGGAGCAGGCCGCCUGCUGGCCCUGGCACGUCACCAGCCUUUGCUAGCUCAACACGCUCGACUUGGAGUCUGUGCCCAUUUCCUGCUCUGCUCAGUGCCGCAGACGCAGAGUAGGGCCCACAGGCCAUUACUACGCUGGGGCGUGCUCCCUGCUGUCCCUGGAGAGACACACACAGGCUGCGACGCCAAGGGAAACUAACCGAAGGCCAGGAAUCGAUGCCCAGCGGACCCCUCAAGGCCAGAGCCUCCAAGCGGAGUCCGAGGCUACGGCACCGGGCAGUCUGGUCCUUCUGGCAGCCCCUCACACCUGAGAAGGGCACGGGCUCCCGACAGUCGCUGAGUGGCACUACUGCGCUGGACGCGCCGGCCUCUCUGUGAGCAUUAACGGUUGCCCUGCUGAGAGGAACGGCAGCCUGACUUCCCGCGCAGUCUCCUGACGGGCGUGUGAGGCCCUGAUGCUGCGGGAAGGCGGCCAAGGGGCUGGAGGGCGGUCAGGAAGCCGGUGCUGAAUUGUAGAAAAUCAGCCCCUUCCCUGUGCCAAGAUCUGCUUCUAGUCUGAUGUCUGGGUGUGAUGAAGCCCCACUGUCCCCUCACCUGGAGGCGCCCCACUGGACACUCCAGCCUGAGAGCGGCGUGCAGAGCUGCGUGUGGUGGGCCGGUAGCCGGGCAGGCUAAGCAGAGCUGCAUUUCCGUCGUCAGGAGAGCCCAGGCGGGCUAGAGACUGGGCAGAGGAGGUAGCUCGCAGGCCGGCCUGGGAAGCAGGGGCGGACUGCGUGCUGUAGAAGGAGGAGUUGGCACUGUCUGGUUCUUCCACGUCUAGCUUCUGGAAGAAAGGGUGAAUCUGUUGCAAUGGGGUGGGGGCCCCGACACUCAAAACCACCUCCUCUGCUCCCCUUCCUGAACUGCCUCAAACCCUGCGGCCCAUCUGCGGUGGCACCACUUGGCUUUACAGGGACCAAGGUGCCGUUUGCUGGUUUCACAAGCCAGGUACCCAGCAGGUACAAAGAAAUGAGCUGACCGUCCCAGUCACGCAGCGAGGAUGGGCGGAGCCGGCCCGGGUUGGGCUCAUCCACGGCUCCCCUGGUCUUUAGGCUCAGUUGGCCCGGACUCUGACCAUUUUUCUAAAAUGUCUCCAGCUUCUUGGCCACACAGGGCACCCCGCACAGAGCUGCCUCUGCUGCCACGAAGGUAACAUCCUAGGGAUACGGAAACAAGGGCCCAGCCUGGCUGGCAGCCCAGCGGGCAGCCCCAGAGCAUCUCGGCUACCCCAAGGGAGUGCGGGAGGCACAGACUGAGCUGCAGCUUCUCCAUAUUCUACCCCAUCGGCCCGCAUGGAGUCUGUGCUACGCGUGGGGAGAAAACUGGCCUUAGACUCAGCAGACGCAUCCGCUUCCGGCCCUUCCGCUUUGCACAGACCUGAGCAAGUCACUUUCCCAUCUGCAGGCUAAGGACUGCUCAGCCCUGCCCGCCUCUUGAGGCUUUUUUGAGGAUCGAUGGGAAGAUGCCCCAAGAGGAAGUGAAGUGUCACUGGCCUGCAGCCCCACACCCCAGCGGCCUGACCUUGGUCAUAGUGAUGUUGAUGAUUUGCGUGGUUCGCCGGCGAGCAGAGCGGGUCUUGCGGCCUGAGUCCAGAAAGACGUCCCCCAGGGAGUCCAGGCUGCUCUCCAGGGGGGCCUGACCCCGAGUAGGGAUGGGGGUGAAGUAGAGACUCUCCAGGGAUUCUACCUUGGGGGGUAGGCGCUGGGAGAUGGGCGAGGCCGGCUCUCCGGGGAUGCUGGUGCCAUCUGGCUGGGUACGAGGCAGCUUGCUGUAGAAGGAAACCUACUGAGGUGCUAUUCCUAGGUCAAGGGCCUGGUGUCCACCGCUCUGCACCAAAGUGACCAAUUUCUACAUUUAUUACAAGCAGGUACCUUAAAUGCCGGUGACCUAUUCACUCCCAUGACCCUCCCACUUCUCAAUACCAGCAACACCCAGAGCUGCUCAGCAGGGUCCGGUGAGGCCACCAGGCACCCAGACAGGCCCCUGGAUUCCCACAGCUACUCCCCAAGUAACACGUCCCAAAUGAAGCCCAUCCGGCUUUCCUCUCCUCUCUCGCAGAGCCCCCUCGGCAAAUCUCGCGGCUUUCCUAGCCAGUCCGCGGCACCCUCAUCGCCAUCUCUGGUCUGAGUCCCCUGAGGGGUCACGAGCCAGGCUGCCUGGGCUCCAGCCCGGCUGGCGCACUGCGGGGCGUGGGCAAGUGAUUGUCCCUCUAUGCCCCAGCUUCAUCGGCUGAAGGAGAACCUACCACCUCAGAGGCUGUUGUGGGAGAAGGAAUAGUUCUCAGGUGUCUGCACGUGUAUUUAAUAAAAAUCCUUGUUUCCAGUCUCAGCCUCCGCACU